GAUUACAUGAUAUUUUUUAGAGCGUCGAUAAAAAUUUGCGACUUUGUUGAUGGGUUGGGCUAGGAUACUGAUUAUAAGUCCAGCCUCAUGGCCCAAUCUCUCUUUCGGUUCCGGUCCGACCCAUACUGUCACAGAGAGCGGAGGCUGCCACUUAAUCAGUCGACAACCAACUGUUCGACGAAAUGCUUCAAUGAAAUAUCAUAUUUUGACGAAGCCGCAUACGAUUAGAUGAGGUACGUAAAGCCUUUGAGCUUGUUCCAAGACUUGGUUAGGGGCAAUGCUCUCGAACGUGGGCGUUUGCUUGGUUUGGACGUCGGCGACAAGUACGUCGGCGUAGCUGUUUCAGACAUUCAUAACAAGAUUGCUUCACCUUUAAGCGUUCUGCUUCGGAAGAAAUCAACACUUGAUAUGAUGGCCGAUGAUUUUCAGAGUUUGAUCUCUGAACUUUCUCUGGAGGGCUUCAUUGUUGGAUACCCUUUCGACAGACAGAGACGCAGUCCUGAUGCUGUCCAAGUGAAGCUUUUCAUUGAUGACCUCUCUGCGACAAGAAAACUUGAAGGCUUAAAAUAUACGUAUUGGGAUGAGGGCUUUACAUCAAAGAAUGUGGAAUUACUCUUAAGGCCUUUGAAUUUGCAUCCAGUUACGUCCAAGACAAUUAUUGACAAGUUUGCUGCUGUUGGUAUACUCCAGGGGUACCUGGAUUAUGUUAAUAGGAAGCAGAAGUCUGUAACCGCUCAGAACUUUGGAAAGCAAACUCAGGUCUUAACUGAACUAUUGAAGCUCUGAUCAAACUUCAUGUGAAUGAAUUAUUUGGUGAAGAUAAUGGCGGUCUUGGGCGAUAACACCAGUUUUGUCCUUCCGGACUUUGUAUUGUACAACACUUUCUGUUAAUGAAUACGAAGGAACCUGAAUUGUGUACAUUGGUGUACCAGAUCUUGUAUUUUACAUUUUAGGUUCUUCUCAUACCUCACAAUUUAAAAUCUCUGUGACUUUGUAGGAGACCAGCCUUUGAUGUGUGGAUCGUUUCUUUGUGAAUUGAACAUGAAUUUAUCUGCACCUGUGUGCUUAACUUUUUUUUA